CAGUCCUGGGCACCCACCAAUGUUUGUUCCCGUGUCUCUCCCUGUCCUGGUCCCGGUGUCUGUGUUUGUUCCCAUUCCUGUCCCCGGUGGUUUUCCUGUUCCCGUCCCUGUCACUGUGUUUGUGUCCGUCCCUGUCCAGGUAUUUGUUCCAGUUCCCCGGUCCAGUUUUGUUCAGCCCCCUGUCCAGUCUCCAUUCCUGUCUAGUGUCCAACCCUCUGUCCCGUCUAAGCCCCCUGUACAGUCUUUUGUCAAGUCCUUGUCCCCUGUCCAGUCUCAGUCCCCAGUCCAGUCGUUUGUUCAGUCUGAGCCCCCUGUCCAGUCCCAGUCUCCGUUCCCUGUCCAGUCUCCGUCUCCUGUUCUGUCCCCUGUCCAGUCUCAGUCCCCUGUUAGGUCGUUUGUUCAGUCUCUGCCCCCUGUCCAGUCUUUUGUCCAGUCCCUGUUCCCUCUCUCUCGGCGCCUCUGGUAGUGGCGCCGUUGAGGGGGGGUAAUGUUACACCUUAGCCCAUGUCUGUCUUCUGUUUCUCCCUUAUUUUGUCUCUUGUGCUCCUGCCCCUCUGUUUUCCUGUCAGUGUUCACAGCCAUGUGCUAUUGUUGUUGUUAGUAUUUGUCUCCACCCUAGCUCCGCCCCAGCCCUGCCCUGUAGCAUCAGUGUUCUCACCUGUGUCCUGUUUGUAACCCCGCCCCCUCGUCUUCCUAGCCCAGGUGUUUCUCACUCUCCUCUUGUAUUUAAGCCCCUCUGUUAGAAUGUUCAGUGUCGAGUCUUUUGUAUUUUGUAUUUUGUAUGCUGUAUCUUUGUAUCCCUGCAGUCCGAUUGUAGCCUAGUCUUAGUUUCUUAGUCUGUGUUUCUUGU